GUGUUCUUUGAUAUGUGUUUGAUGUCUUUGUUUUUAAUUGAAUGAAGUGGUUUCGUUGCUGUUUCGUGUUGUCUGUGGUUGUGUAACAUAAGACUAAGAUUGUGUAUUUGAGUGAAGUCUCAGGAUCGUUCAGCUGAAUGAUUAGUUUGAGUAAGUGUUGGAGAUCUCACUCUUCAUCAUGAAUCAAACACAAACACCCCGAGAUCAAGAGCUUUCUCCAGGAUGCAGUUCAGUUGAUCAGAAGAAAUCAGAAGCAGAGUCCAGCUGUGUGUUUAUGAAGAGAGACGAGUCUAUAGGUCAUCCACAACAUCUCAGUUCAGUUCAUCAGAAGAAAUCAGAAGCAGAGCCCAGCUGUGUGUCUAUGAGGAGUGAUGCUUCUUUGCCUCUUCCACUUCAUUUUAAGAGUGAUGACACUAGGUUUAACCUCAAGUCAAUCCUGCAACACAGAUCAGUAACAAAACCCGUCUGUAAGAAAUAUGACCAGCCUAUGAAUCAACCACAAGACAGCACGUAUCCUGGUGUAAGCCAUGAAGUCCUCAACACGUUCAGAUCAAAUCUGCUGAAGAAGUUUGAGCGUCUGUAUGAGGGAACAGCGACGCAGGGAAACCCAACACUCCUGAAUGAGAUCUACACAGAGCUCUACAUCACAGAGAGUGAGAGUGGAGAGAUCAGUAAUGAGCAUGAGGUGAGACAGAUUGAGACACAAUCCAGUAGAGCAGCAACAGAGGACACAGCCAUCAAAUGCAAUCACAUCUUUACACCUUUACCUGGACAAGACAAAGCCAUCAGAACUGUGCUGACAAAGGGAGUCGCUGGCAUUGGAAAAACAGUCUCUGUGCAGAAGUUCAUCCUGGACUGGGCUGAAGGGAAAGAGAAUCAGGACGUCCAGCUCAUAUUUCCACUGCCUUUCAGAGAAAUCAACCUGAUGAAGGACAAAACACUCAGUCUUUCAAAUCUUCUCCAUAUCUUUUUCCCUGAAACUAAAGAAAUGGAAAUAUCCAGUGAUGAAUAUAAAGUGUUGUUCAUCUUUGAUGGUCUGGAUGAGUGUCGUCUCCCCUUAUAUUUUCAAAGAAAUGAGACUCUACGGGAUGCAAACAAAGAGACUUCAGUGGAUGUGCUGCUGAUGAACCUGAUUGAGGGGAAUCUGCUUCCCUCUGCUCUCAUCUGGAUCACCUCCAGACCAGCAGCAGCUGAUCUCGUCCCCUCUGAGUGUGUCCAUCGAGUGACAGAGGUACGAGGCUUCAAUGAUCCACAGAAGCAGGAAUACUUCAGGAAGAGAAUCAGUGAUCAGAGUCUGGCCGAAACAAUCAUCUCACACCUGAAGUCAUCAAGGAGCCUCUACAUCAUGUGCCACAUCCCAGUGUUCUGCUGGAUCUCAGCCGCUGUUCUGGAGAAGAUGUUGAGUCCAGCAGAGAGUGGAGAGGUUCCCAAGACUCUCACUCAAAUGUACACACGCUUCCUGAUCCUUCAGACCAACAUCAAACGUUGAGAAGAGUGUGUCA